GAGAGGUUGUGCCUUGUUUACGUCAGCUCUUUUCUGGACUAUAUAUUUAAAGGCUAAUUCACCUACAAUUUACAGUAGUAGAACAACCUUGCAAGUGUCCUGUCGCGAACAACAGUUUUCAACAAUGUAUAGCAUGAACAACAAACCCCAGUUUGGCCGCUGGCUGAUCGCACAGGUUGACAGUGGACAGUAUGAGGGUGUGUACUGGCUUGACGAGCAAAAGACAGCCUUCCGCAUCCCGUGGAAGCACAAUUCCAGAAAAGACUGCAACGACGGCGAUAACAUGAUAUUUAAGCAAUGGGCAAUUGUCAGUGGGAAAAUUCACGAGAACCCAAAUGACAAAGCCAAGUGGAAGACAAAUUUUCGCUGCGCGCUGUCAAAUCUUAAUAAACAAUUCAAGAAGGUGCUAGACAACUCCAAAGACUCCGUGGACCCCCACAAAGUGUAUCAGGUCAUCGUCCAACAUGAAUAUGGAAUUCAAGAGUUCCAGGCGAACCAAAAUUGUCCCGUAAUUAAUGACAUCUACGCUGCAAACGAAGUGGACCUCUCUCCUGAAGAUAUAGGCCUACUGAAUGCUGACCUGCUAAAUCUAGACCUGGACCCCCCUCAGCCAGAUCUUCAGCUGUGGGGUGGCGGCUAUGCACAGAACAAUCAGGUGCUGGCAGAGGACUGCAACAUGGCACCACCACCAGCAAUGGAGGCAGUCCAACCACCAGUCUCCCACAACAACUCCCCCGCGGCUGCUGUCCCCACUGUGCAGCCACAUUACCAAAUGUCACUCCUGCCUCCCAUCCACGAGCUGGACAUCUCCAUCCACUACCGGCGGCGAGAGGUGCUGAGGACCACCGUGUCCUCCCCACUGGGAGUGCAGCUCCACUCCCAGUGUGACGUCAGCCAGCUGGGCUGCCCGGGUGUGGCCUUCCCCUCCACCGAGGGCCUGGUGGACCAGAAGCAGAUCCGCCUCACCAGGCGGCUGCUGGACAGCAUCCAGAGGGGCCUGCUGCUGCAGGUGGACAGAAGAGGCGUCUACGGCACGCGGCAGGGCAUGUGCAAGGUGUUUGCCAGCAGCAGCCACCCUGGAGAGGGCCCCGUGCUGGAGGAACCCAGGAAGCUGGAACAGAACACUCUGGAGCUCCUGUUCAGCUUCGAGAAGUACAAAAGAGAGUGGCAAGAGUUCAAGGAGAAUAAGCGGGGUUCUCCAGACUACACCAUCUACCUGUGCUUUGGGGAGAUCUACCCUGAUGGAAAGCCACUGGAGAAGAAGCUCAUUGUAGUUAAGGUGGUGCCUGUGAUCUGCCGCGAGCUCAUUGAGCAUGCCCACAAGGAGGGAGCCUCCUCGCUCAGCUCCAACGCCAGCCUGCAGAUCUCCCACAACAGCCUGCAGAUCUCCCACAACAGCCUGUUCGACCUCAUCAGCUCCCUUGGCCUGCCCAUGCAGGUGUGACCACACAGCACCGCACCGCACUGCAAGCCUGCGGACAACAGCCUGGAGCAUUGACAUCUGAUGCAUGUCUGUGCCAUGAAGGAUGUCUGUCCGCUCAGGAGGGCACCAACGUGUGUUGCCUGAUCCCAGGAGCUAGAGGGUCCUCUCCUUUCUUUUGAUCUUCUUCUCUGUUGUCUCCUUGUAAUUUGUACUGGUUGCGAAUUCUGUUUAAAGGGUUACUUUUUCCCGUACAUUUCUUUAUCAAUGUAAAAGGUCAAUGAAUUGUACAUGUAGACUGGAAUAGUGUAGGACAGGAUGUGAUUGAAUUGAAGAAGAUGCCCUUUAGAGCCACUAUAUGCACUUGUAAAUAACAUGAAGCACUUCCUUUCCCAUUCCAUAUAGAUGGAUGUCGACUUUCAGCCUUAUGGCAGCUUAUGUAUGCCCAGAUGUUCUGAUUUUGAACACACUACUACCCUUUGGGCUGUAUGAACAAUGUCUGAUCACUUCCUCCUAGCAAAUGUUGCACUGUAGCUAUUCACCCUUUCAAUUGAGGUCAAGCUAAUGUUUACCUGCUGUUUUGAUCACAAGUAUGAUCCAGCUUUGAACUAUUUAUUGAGGGCCAAAGGUGCAAUAUUGCCUUUGCAGUUAUAAAGACUGUUUCCUUUUCUAAAGGAUUGUUUUGCUUUACCCCAUGGGUUUUAAAAGUUAUUAAAUAUCCCUUUCUCUUGAUUCAGAAGGUGAAUUCACGGCACAUUUUGAAGCUUUUUAUCCAGUUAAUAUCUCCAUUGCUGUGUCAGGGUCCUCCUUAAAAUUGUAUUACUUUUCUUGUCUAUCUGCUGAUUCUGUUGAUUUUUAAUGUUUUACCUCGCUCAAAGUUUUAAUAUCUCAAAGUUGUUUCAUUCAUUUGUUUGAUGUCCUAUGUUUUACCCUUAGAGAAAAAUAAAGAGAAAAAAGGUUUUACAUU